GGAGGGGGGAACGGGGACGGUAUUGGGGCCUCUCCUACCUCCAGUUUCUGCAGUCUUGAGGGUCCGGCACUGUCGACUCAUCCUGGGGCACUUGGAAUCUUCUUUCCCCUAGAUGGUGCUGUUAACUUAGUUUUAUCCUUCUGGACCACAGAAUCCCACUGAAAGGUCAUCUCGUCUAUUACCCAGGCUCCGCUGAGCAUCCUCUCUGGGAUCAUAGAAUGACAGUGAUACAGUGUUUCAUCUCCCGCUUCUGCGCCUUUGCGUGGGGGUCCCCCACCUUGGGAAAGCCUUCUCUCCUCACCUCCUCAGCCUCUUGGACACUUUUCUCCUUUCAAAGCACUAAGUAGGUGUCACCUCUUACAGGGACCUUUUCUAAUUCCCUUGUUGUUAAUGCCGGCUCCUUCUUGAAAUUAUUUUGUAAAAUAUGGCAUAGGAGACAAGAUGUCAGGCCUUGAAGCCAGGAACACCUAAGCCCCAGCACUUCAAGCAUGAUUGGAAGCACUUUAGAAAUUCUCUGCUUCUCUGUCUUUGCCCCUAUUUCUGUCUAUAUGUCUCUCCUCCCUCUAACACAAGCUGUGAUCCUGAAUAAGUCAUUUAAUUGAUUAAAUUAAUUACAAUUAAUUAGAGGGAGUUUCCUUUUCCUGAAGUUCCUUAGUCAAACGAAUAGGGUUCAAUCCUUAUUCCUAUCGUAGUAUUUACAUGUUCCAUCCUUUUAAGCUCCUUGAUGGCAGAGAACUGUUUGAUUUUUGCCUUUGUAUUUCCAGACCUUUGCAUAGUACCUUGCCCGUAUUAGGCAUCUGAUAAAUGCCUUGUUAAAUUGAGCUAAAAGAGAGCUCAAGAGAUUUAGUCCAACCCCUUAAUUAAAAAAAAAAUAUUGAUGCCUUUUGUUUUACCUCACAGUUAUUGGCAGAUAUGCAUACAUCAUACACACAGUCCCCUUAAAUUCAACAAAAAUGGGUAAGCAAAGACAUAAGGACCAUCUCUGACAAUGUAUAAACAACAUUCUGCCAUCACUCUCCUGCCCCUCUGCUGUGAGGAGAAAGGUAUGUGAACAGGGAAGGGAAUGUAAAAGGGGCCCCCAUCACUGAUUUGAAAGAUUCCAUCCUGGAAGAAGAGGAAAGGGGAACUCCAUCCCCAGAGAUGCCGCAGUUCCUGACCUUGGAAGAAGUGGAAUUGGGUGAAUCAGAUGAGAGAGAGGACAUCUCUGUAGAAGGUGAAUCAAGAGAGGAAGAAACGCUGACUUUUGUUGAAAAAGAUCCUGUGGCAACCUUACAGAAGUGUUCCUCUCAGCGUCAUAAAAGGAGGAAGAAAAAAAGAUGAUUGGUGAUCAAUCUAUCCAGUUGCCGAUAUGAUAGUGUUCGUCGGGCAGCUAGACUGUAUGGCUUACGUGAGGGAGGGGAGCAUGAUGACUGGACUCUUUAUUGGACAGACUUCUCAGUGUCCCUAGAACGUGUAAUGGAAAUGAAAAGUCACCAGAAGAUCAACCACUUCCCUGGAAUGAGUGAAAUCUGCCGAAAGGACCUGCUGGCCAGGAAUAUGAGUCGUAUGAUAAAGCUUUUCCCUAAAGAAUUCCAUUUUUUCCCUAAAACGUGGUGUCUUCCAGCAGAUUGGGGGGAUUUGCAGAACUAUAGCCGAUCAAAAAAAUUUAAAACUUUUAUCUGUAAGCCGGACUCUGGUUGCCAAGGGAGAGGUAUAUUUGUUACUCGGUCUGUGAGAGAUAUCAAACCAGGAGAAGAUAUGAUCUGCCAACUUUAUAUAUCAAAGCCUUUUAUUAUUGAUGGAUUCAAGUUUGACCUUCGGAUUUAUGUGUUGGUGACCUCCUGUGAUCCUCUCAGGAUCUUUGUGUACAAGGAAGGUCUGGCUCGAUUUGCCACUACCUCUUAUUCUAAUCCUUCUUCAGAUAAUUUGGAUGAUAUAUGCAUGCACCUGACUAACUAUUCUAUCAAUAAACACAGUUCUAAUUUUGUACGGGAUGGAAAUUCUGGCAGCAAGAGAAAGCUCUCCACCUUCAAUGACUACAUGGACAAACUUGGCUGUGACACGGCAAAGAUGUGGAAAGAUAUUGAAGAUAUAAUCAUCAAGACCUUGAUUACUGCUCACCCUAUAAUUAAACACAACUAUCAUACCUGCUUCCCCAACCACAUCAUGAAUAGUGCCUGCUUUGAAAUUUUGGGCUUUGAUAUUCUGCUGGAUAGAAAACUUAAACCCUGGCUUCUGGAGGUUAAUCACUCUCCAAGCUUCUCCACUGAUUCCCGGUUAGACAAAGAAGUAAAAGAUAGUCUGCUGUAUGACACCUUGGUCCUGAUCAACCUGGGAGCCUGUGAGAAGAAGAAAGUCCUGGAGGAAGCGAAGCGCAGGGCAAGGUUUCUGCAGGAUUUCCGUUCCAAGGAGAUCAGGAUCGAAGAAUUAAAGAAUUAUCAGGCUAUGUGGCUGGAGAAAAUAGAACGUUAUGAGAAGGAAAAAAGUGGUGGCUUCCGGAGGAUUUAUCCAGAGUUUGGGUUUGAAAAAUAUCAGAAAUAUUUUCAUCACAGCAAUUCACUCUUUCAAAACACGGCGGCCUCCAGAGCCCGGGAAGUGCAUGCCCGGCAGCAGAUCCAGGAAUUACGGCUGAAGCAGGAGAAGAAAGCCUUUUAUUCGAAGGAAAAGAAGACAGAACUUCAGGGUGAAUCAGCAGGCGAUGUGACCAGGGUCUCUCUCCCAAAGGAGACAAAACAAAGAGCUCCCGUGUACAGCGCCAGACAACUCUCCACUUCCUCCAUGUUGAUGCCCUCUCCAUCAUCCAUCUUGGUCUCAAAGUCAAAGCUGAAGCUAAAGAAAAAUGAGUCUCUGAAAUGCAUAGAACCUUUCAACUUCUAUGAGGAGAUCCCCAAGCAAAAGGUCAAUGCAACCUUACCGGAGAAAGCUAGAGUGUGUCACUACAGCUCUGUGCCGGACCUCAGGAAGACACACUUCGCCGGCACAGAAAAGCAGGAGCCCUGGAAACGAAUCUCUGCAAAGGCUGAAGGAUCCAAGUCGUUCUCUGAUCUUCUUGCUUUGAUGGACUCUUCAUCUAUGACCAGUGGCUAUUCCCUAGAGUCCCCACAGCCAUUUCCAACUCUGAGCAUAUCCCCCAGACCCAUGUCAACUAAUUGCAUCCACUUGGAACUAGACAAUCCCGUCGAGAUACUUUACGAAUCACAGGACUACCAAGAGAAAACAUCUACUUCCAUCAAGCCUCAGAACCCGUGGUGCGACCUGCCACAAAACUGGAACUUAGUGACCUCUGAGAGCAACAAGACACAGUUCCUAGUUUCCAGGUUUAUUAAUGCAAUCCCCGCGAGGACAAAAUUUUCCUUAUCAAACAGCUGUAACGCAAAGCUAUUGCUGAACAAACAAAGAAAAGCUACCUUACAGCACCGUGGCUGUAGGAGCCAAAGUUCCGUAGAGAAGAAAUCCUUGGAGGAUGCUGCCUUACAACUGCUCUUACAGAGGCCAAAGAGCCAGCAUUUACUUAAGAGGGACUUGCUAGUGAUCGCCACACCAGCCCGACUUGAUCCAAGGCCUCGAAAAAACAGCAAGAUUGUAGGGAGGGAGCGCAGUGGUGGGCAAGGCCGGGCACCGUCCAAGGGCUCCCCAUCCUCCAUCAAGGAAGCUACCUAAAAGACUAGGUAGGCAGGGCCAACAUUUGUUAGAAUUUUUCUGUAGGAAGUUCCUUCCUUGUACUACUGAUCAUACCCCACUCCAUAAUAACCACUACCUCACUUUCACUCAUGUCCGUCCUAAGUCAGGAAUGCAAGGAAUUCAUUUCACAAAGACCAAAUUCUGCCCACAGUUGAGGAGGUGAUUUUAAUGCUCUUUCCUUGAGGUACUAUGGACAGGAGCAGAGAUGGGUGGCCAAAACCUGGCCCUCCAAGUCAUUAGACUUGCAGGUGGGCAUAAUAAAUAUCCUGACUUUACAGGCUGGGGGUACUCUGAGGACGGAGACUUUAAAGAAGUGCCAUUAUCUAUCAUACAGCAGAAUAUGGGGAGAUUGGAGGAGAUAACAACAACCUCUAUUAAAUCCUUAGAACAUUUGAAGGAAGUCAGUAUAUAAAGAUGUAUGGAACUUUUUUUUUUAGAGCAUCAUAUAUAUCUGGAGAUGCUGCUACCAAUGUCAUCAAGGUGGGGCACUUAUUUUGGGGUGGUUUUUCUCCAUAUUGAGAGUGAAUUUUGCUGAGCCAUUAUAAACUGACCAUCUUACCUGGUCCCUCAAGUGAACAACAGUACAAAUGGUAAGAUGAUCAGAUGUCAAGCAAAGCUACCCAACCCUUUGAAGAACUCUGACCUGUGCUCUCUGCCCUAUUGAUACCAUCUUUUCAUUAACUGGCCUAGAUGGCUUUUAGGAUUUUCUAGUAUGGGUGGGUAGCUCUUUCAAGAUGGACUUCAUGGAUUGGUUUCCCCUUACUUGGGAAAGUAUAUAAGAAAGUUGAGAUCCACAUCCUUUGAAAGUUCAGAAAUUUGUCUUUCAGUUAGGUUUUGGGUGAUUGACUCACCUUAAACAGAUUUAUAAGCUGAUGGUGCCCAUCUUUCACUUUUGCUUAUUUCUCAUGGGCACUGAGGGCAGCUAGGUGAUGCAGUGGCUAGAGUGCC